AUGGAUCAACAACGUGGGCGGUCGCCGUCCGCGGGGCAUCAACAGUCUCAUAUAAGCCAGAGCAACUCGCCUUCCCAUUUCCAAGAGAAUGCUACAUCAGUUGGGUUGGGACUCGCCCUUGAUCCAGCAUUACAGGACACUAGCAAUAAUCAGCAAUAUCUGAAUAGCAACUUCAAUUCGUAUGCUGAGAAUAACGAGUUUUUGAAUCAACAAGGCCCAUCAUUUUCUCAGUCCAGUUUGGAAGAUCCUACAUAUUCCCUGUCCCAGGAUUUCAAUCCACAAUUCAAACAGGAGGAUCAACCAUCCCAAUUCGGUCAGCCGCCCCAACGCAGCUUCACACAAGAGCUUCUUAGCGCAAACCUCCCUUCAAGUUUUAACGAAGGCGAUUUCUCGCUAUUCUCGACUCCUGGCCAGGGCGAUCAAUUCGACCAGAACUUUUUUGUGAACGAGCUUGCUUCGCAGCCAGAGACCACCUCGGUGAACCCCGCGGAGCUAAACAUGUCUUCCCCUCCGAACCAUACGCCAACCCCCCCAGGGCUCCUGCAACCUGGUUCGCGCUCUCCUUCCUCAGCGCAUCAAUCUCCAUUAUUCAAUCAGGGCCAAUUCCAACCUUCCCCAGGCCACUCCCGAAACGCGUCCUUGGGUCCAGAGAGCGCAGCCUUUCCCCAAGGACACAACCAGACCGACUGGAGCAUGAUGCCUUCACAAUUUACAACUCACCGAAGAACACCGUCUGAGUAUUCGGAUGUAUCGGUUCCUUCGGCCGCCCAUUCGCCCAAUCUAGGUCAUCACGAUACUUUUGACCUAAUAGACCAGCAUCACUCACCCAUGCAAAACCCACAAGAUGCAAGCCUGUACCAAGAAGUUCUUGGGAUUGGUAGUUUUUCACUGUCCGACUCUCAGAUUCAGCAUGCACCCAGCCCAGGUAGGGGUUUAAGCCCUGCCCAUAGUCCUGCUAUUUCACCGCGCCUAGCACCCCAGCAGAUUCCCAAUCCUAUUCAGCAAAACUCCUUCAUGCUUGGAACGAACAGCGGCUUCGGCCCCCCACAGAAUGUGUAUGGAUCCCAAAGCCAAGAUCCCUUCCCCCAAAUCCAUGGGAAUAGAUCCCUGGAUAUAGGCCAGGCCCCUCAGAUGGUCCCUCCCGAAAUCAACGUUGAAUUUGCUCCAGCCUCUCGGCAGAACAGUUUUGAGCCGCCUAAACCUUCUUCCUUUGACCAAGAUGCGUUGACGCCGCCAGAUAGAGGUCGCCGUCGUCGAGCAGUUUCUGACCCCUAUAGUACCCCUUCUGGCAGUUCUCGCCCACAUUCCCCAGGGGCUGGGGUUGGCUCUGGUCUUGCAGUCCGCUCGCCCGACCCGCACCGCUCAUUGUCACCUAAUGAUAGGGCCGGGGCGAGCUCACCUAGUAGACGCCGUCAAUCCACGUCCUCACUUCCAAAUCGGGACUAUAUUCUAGGGCUUGCGGACCCCGACUACCAAGCUUCUACGCCAGACAGUAAUGCUAAGCGUGUCCAAAAACAUCCUGCAACAUUCCAGUGCAACCUCUGCCCUAAGCGCUUCACUCGUGCCUACAACCUUCGAUCUCAUUUGCGUACCCAUACGGAUGAGCGUCCCUUUGUUUGCACCGUUUGUGGUAAAGCUUUCGCGCGCCAACAUGAUCGGAAACGGCAUGAGGGGUUGCACUCGGGAGAGAAGAAAUUUGUUUGCAAAGGGGAGUUGAAGCAAGACGGGCAAUGGGGUUGUGGCCGUCGCUUUGCUCGCGCGGACGCGUUAGGCCGCCAUUUCCGGUCCGAAGCGGGGCGUAUCUGUAUCAAACCCCUUCUUGAUGAGGAGGCUAUUGAGCGGCAACGACUAUGGCAAGAGCAACGCAUGCAGCAUAACAUGCAACAGCCAAUCCCUAUGGAUGCGAACGGAUUUCCGAUGGACGCUAGCGGAAAUUACACUCUUCCAGCCGCAUUACUGGCGCAGUACCCUGCUCUCGCGACUUUGAGUUGGGCAGAAUUGCCUCCAGGAGAUGUCGGUCUUGAAGACGAUCCCAGUGGGAGAAGUAGCUUUGAUGCUAGCGGAUCUGAAUACUACGAUGAGGGCGACGAAGGAGGUUAUGUGUCGAGCGGUCCCGGGCCACAGCAGGGUUAUCCCCAAGGCCAAAUGACCGACACAUAUAACGAUUACUCAAGUGACCUUGGAGGUCGUUAA